AAAGUCGCCGUGCUCAAAUACCUUCCUCUAAUCUACAUACGCGCACUACAUAGGCCGUGAAGUACUGGGUUUAGACGCCCUAUAUAGCGCACUGAAGUGUCCGGUAGGUGUUGUUCGGAUAACACUCGGGUCUCUCGCGCAGAGGAGGAGUUCCGCACUUUCAGUUUGAAGCAUUCUGGGAGAGACAGCGAUGUGUCCGGCUGAGCCGCCUGGAGAGCCGAGAAAUUAAACUUUAACUUUAAUUAAACCGCACAACUUCUCUUUGUUUUUCAAAAAUGAUGCGUUUUCUGCUGCUCUUCAGUCGCCAAGGGAAGCUACGGCUGCAGAAGUGGUUCCUGCCACUGGCUGAGCGAGAGAAGAAAAAGAUCAUACGGGACAUGACCACCAUGGUGCUGGCUCGAAAACCACGCACGUGUAACUUCCUGCACUGGAGAGAUCUCAAGAUUGUCUACAAGAGGUAUGCCAGUCUGUAUUUCUGCUGUGGUUUGGAGGACCAGGACAACGAGCUGCUGGCUUUGGAAGUGUUGCAUCGAUAUGUUGAACUGCUGGAUAAGUACUUUGGCAAUGUGUGUGAGCUGGACAUCAUCUUUAACUUUGAGAAGGCAUAUUUCAUCUUGGACGAGUUCCUAAUGGGGGGAGAGAUACAGGAAACAUCGAAACAGUCCAUAGCUAAAUCCAUCGAGGCUUCAGACAUGCUGCAAGAGACGAUGGAAGAGUACAUGAGCAAGCCGGCCUUUUAGCAGAUUCUCAGAGGGAAGCAGCACUCAACAGGCCGAAAAGAAAAUUUCCCCGUCUCCAACUACAACACUCUCAAACAGACGAUGGCUUCUGGUUAUACUUUUAUAAUGGAAGAUAUGAAGAUAUGAAGUUGCUGUUAAAAGUCUGUAUGUAAAGGAAAUCUCUGAGUGUAGUACAGUACAUCUGGUAGAAACAUUUUUAAUGGUUUUCUAGUUGCAAUUUCACAUGGAACUUUUUCACAUGGAUAACAAUAGUUGUCCUUACGUGCAUUAUUAUGUGUUUGUGUAGUGCUUGUCUGGUAUUUUUUUUUUAACUACUAUAACACUUCUUUUAACAUUGUUUGGCUCCUUUGUUACUUGAAUAGGUUGAUUUGAAGCAGAAAAAAAUACAGCCUUGGGAGAACUUAAGUAAAGAACACUGUACAAGUCUCGCAGCACUUUGUUUGCUAUAAGACUCCCUUUGACGGCUCGGCAAGAUGUUUCACUAUACAUGUCCUCUUUUACACGAAAGCAGAGUAAUGGGUUGAUUUGCAAUAAUUCUAUUGAACCUCACAUUAAUGUUAAGUGCCUUUCUUUGUGAUUGUAUGCCUCCUACACAUUUUUAAUGAGGUAUGGUGUAUGUCUUAUCAAAGAAGUUAUUUGAAUUUUGAAAACAUUUGAAGAGUGAUUUUAUAUGUGUUGAAAUGAUUACUUACUAUUACGCUAUGAUGAUUAAAAUGGUCAAAUCUACACUGUUAUUAAUGACAUUAAAAGGUAUUUUGAUAAAUA